AAAACAGAGUCAUCAUCAUCAUCAUCAUCAUCAUAAUAGUGAAGCACCAUAAAUAUGACAGAGGACGAAGACAGGGACGUCUUAUCAUCUCUCCCCAACCUCAAAACUCAUUCUCUUAAUACACGACAAGGCACCACUACCUCCACCACUAACUCCGCCGCCACAACCACCGCUACCAACACCACCCCCACCACCACCACCGUCAAUUCUGGUUCCUCAAGCUCGAAGAGGGCGAACCAGCUCCGAAACCAUUCCCUCGAUGAAGGGCGCAUUUCCAGCCACCACCAGCAGCAGCGUCACCUUGGUGGUCCAUUCUACAACAAUGACUCCGAUGAAGAUGGUGAAUUCUUCCCUUACGCCUCCGGAUCAUCUGGCCAAAACCCGCGUUACGAUCACUCUGUCUCCCUCCCUGCUGUUGUUUCCUCCCCUUCUGAUGAAGAUGAUCAACGCCUAGCAAUGCAGGAGUUCACCGCUAAUGGCGGAAUGGGGAUAUUCAAAGCUCCUACAAGAGCUGCGGUUCACCCAACCCGACCCCCUGCGUUGGAGCUUCGUCCGCAUCCGUUAAGGGAGACACAAGUUGGGAGAUUCUUGCGUACCAUAGGGUGUACAGAAAGUCAGCUUUGGGCAGGCCAGGAAAAUGGGGUCAGAUUCUGGAACUUUAAAGAUGCUUAUGAAGCUGGUGCUGGUUAUGGUGGCAAAGGUAAACGUGGGGAUGAGGAUACAGCCCCGUUUUAUGAGUCCGCCGCGACGUCUCCGACUAUCUGUUUGGUGGUUGAUCAUGGGAAUAGACUUGUUUGGACUGGACAUAAAGAUGGUAAGAUUAGAUCAUGGAGAAUGGAUCAGAAUUCGGAUUCUGGGGAUGAUUCUACGUCGCCGUUUCGUGAGGGCCUUGCUUGGCAAGCUCAUAAAGGACCUGUUCUUGCCAUCAUCAUAUCUUGUUAUGGCGAUCUGUGGUCUGGUGCAGAAGGUGGCGUGAUCAAAAUUUGGCCAUGGGAGUCAAUAGAGAAGUCACUGUCUCUAUCAGGAGAAGAAAAGCACAUGGCCGCCUUGUUGGUUGAGAGAGGGAAUGUAGACUUAAGAAGCCAAGUUACAGUGAACGGCGUAUGCAACAUCUCUUCUUCAGAUAUUAAGGCUAUGCUAUCUGAUCAUGCCAGAGGCAGGGUCUGGUGUGCUACUUCUUUAUCCUUCUCAUUAUGGGAUGCUCGUACUAAGGAACUUGUUAAAGUGUUUAACAUUGAUGGUCAAAUUGAAAAUCGAGCUGAAAUGCCAGUGCCUCAGGAUCAACAACCACCUGCAGAAGAUGAGAUGAAAGUGAAGUUCGUUUCUCAAUCCAAGAAGGAAAAGCCUCAGGGUUUUCUACAGAGAUCACGUAAUGCUAUAAUGGGUGCAGCAGAUGCUGUACGUAGAGUAGCUACAAGGGGUACAGGGGCAUUUAAUGAAGAAAACAAGAAGACUGAGGCACUAGUACUAACUUCAGAUGGAACCAUUUGGAGUGGAUGUUCAAAUGGAUUAAUUCUUCAGUGGGAUUCAAAUGGAAACCGUCUCCAAGAAUUCCACCAUCAUCCUUGUGCUGUUCUAUGCUUUUGUACCCAUGGUCCAAGGCUAUGGGUGGGAUAUGCUAGUGGUGUGAUGCAGCUGUUGGACCUUGAAGGAAGUCUUAUGGCAGGAUGGGUUGCUCAUAGUAGUCCAGUGAUAAAGAUGGCAAUUGGUGGAGGUCAUGUUUUCAGCAUGGCUAUCCAUGGUGGUAUACGUGGAUGGCAUCUAACAUCUCCUGGCCCAAUUGACAAUGUAGUACGCACUGCACUGUCUUCAAAAGAGUUGUUGUACACGAGACGAGAAAGUAUAAAGAUGUUAGUAGGAACAUGGAAUGUUGGUCAAGGAAAACCUAACCCUGAAGGACUCAAGUCAUGGUUAGGUUCUGCGGUAUCUGAUGUUGGAAUUGUUGUGGUUGGUUUGCAAGAAGUGGAAAUGGGAGCUGGCUUUCUUGCCAUGUCUGCAGCCAAAGAAACUGUAGGACUAGAAGGAAGUGCCAUUGGGCAACAUUGGCAAGAUGCUAUUGGUAGGGUCUUAGAUGAAGGGAUGAUUUUUGAGCGUGUAGGUUCACGCCAACUUGCUGGCUUGCUCGUAGCUAUCUGGGUACGAAAGAAUUUGAGAAUGCAUGCUGGAGACCUUGAUGUUGCAGCAGUUGCUUGUGGAUUUGGCAGAACGAUUGGUAACAAGGGAGGAGUAGGCUUGAGGUUGAGAGUCCAUGAUAGAAUAAUAUGUUUUGUAAACUGUCACUUAGCUGCACAUUUGGAAGCAGUGAAUCGUCGUAAUGCUGACUUCGAUCAUAUCUUUCGAACUAUGGUCUACUCUCGGCAAUCUCACUUACUUAAUGUUGCUGCUGGUAUGCGAUGUCUGCUUUUGUAUUGCUCUCUUGCGUUGUGCUUAUAUUUAUUUUGGCUGCUUUAUUCUUCUGGCUUCCCAUUGCUCCUCUCUCUUGCAGCUGGAGCGUCUUCUGCUGCUCAAGUUCUUCGUACAGCCAAUGGUGCCAACGGGAACUCUGACGAAGGAAGACCUGAUUUAUCUGAAGCAGACAUGGUUGUGUUUUUCGGUGAUUUUAAUUAUCGACUUUUUGGGAUAUCAUAUGAUGAAGCAAGAGAUUUUGUUUCUCAAAGAAGUUUUGACUGGCUAAGAGAAAAGGAUCAGCUUCGAGCAGAAAUGAAAGCUGGGAAAGUUUUCCAGGGAAUGCGCGAGGCUAUGAUUAAAUUUCCUCCAACUUACAAAUUUGAAAGGCAUGUACCAGGAUUAGGAGGCUACGAUUCUGGAGAGAAGAAGCGGAUUCCUGCUUGGUGUGACAGAGUAAUAUAUCGUGAUUGUCGUACAGGACCAGUUUCAGAAUGCAGUUUGAACUGCCCAAUACUUGCCUCAAUUCAAAUGUAUGAAGCCUGCAUGGAUGUUAUUGACAGUGAUCACAAACCUGUGCGGUGUAAAUUUAGUGUUCAUCUAGCAAGAGUAGAUAGAUCAGUUAGGAGGAAAGAGUUUGGUGAGGCUAUGAAUACUAGUGAAGAAAUUAAAAGGUUACUUCAAGAAUUAUCUCAGAUACCAGAAACAGCAGUUAGCUCAGACAGUAUAAGUCUUCAAAAUCAGGAGACUUCCUUUUUCCAGAUAACUAACAAGGACAAACAGGAUGACGUAGUGUUUCACAUUAUAUGCGAAGGACAAUGCACUAUCAAUGUCAAUGGAGAACCAACUGAUCUUCGUCCUAGAGGUUCCUUCGGCUUCCCUUCUUGGCUUGAGGUAAUACCAGCCUGUGGGGUAAUCAAUCCUGAACAAAGCAUGGAUGUCACUGUACGGCAUACAGAAUUCCAUACAUUGGGAGAUUUAGUUGAAGGUGUUCCUCAAAACUGGUGGUCUGAAGACACCAGAGAUAAAGAAGUGGUCUUAUCAGUUCAAAUUCGAUCCAGUAGCACUAUGGAGUUCAGAACGCACCGCAUCCGCGUACGCCAUUGCUACUCAACAAGGACUUUACGGGUGGACUCAAGAACAAGCAGCUCUAGGAGGGGAAAUAAUGGGUCCCACUUUCGCUCAGAGAGUCAACGUCGUGAUAAUAACCUUGACACAGUUGAUCGUGGUUGAUGUCGAGGGGGGAUUCCUACGAAAAAUCCCUUCAUUUUUUAGAAUUAGAUUUUCCAAUAGCCUUCUUUUCUCCACUGGAGUGCAAAUGAAAAUGUGUUUGCAAUUUUUACAUAGAAUGUCCUAACAUCUUUUUGUAAAUACAUGAAGCCAUUGGAAUAGCUUCUGUUACGCUUUGGAUCAGUUGUAGGAUCGUCA